UAUAAGAUAAUUGUUUACUAAUCAGUAAAAAAAAAUUAAAAUUUUAAAAAAGAAUUGAAAUAUUAAUAGUCUCCGGUGCGCAAUAAGUUUUUUACUGUAUUUAUAUGUGUGUACAAAUAUAUCUUCAAAUUUUUAUGUUUUUUUUAAAAAGGUUUCUCAAUUCCAAUAAAUACUUUUGGGUUGUAUAAAACGAAUACCUAUGGAAAAAUGUCAACUGAAGAAAUUAAACUUUUAGAAACUGCUUGUCAUUCCGGAGAUGAGAACAGUGUAAGAGACAUUCUUUCAAGAAUUAACUUUACUAACUACUUUGAAUCUUAUGAAGCAUAUUUAUUGCUCUGUAAUGUGCUACUAACUAGUAUUUGUUCAUUAAUAAAUUUUAAAAAAGAGGAUAUAAGCACCACGAUAAAGUUCAUUAAGAUUUCUGAACUUCUUGUGCAACAUGGAGUCAAAGUUAAUGUCCACCAUUGUCUAGAACAAAAGUACUCACCACUUCACAUUGCAGUUUUAGGAGGUUCUGAAAAAAUGGUAAAAAAGUUGUUGUUGCGAGAAGCUGAUGUUAAUGAAGGAGACAUUUUGACAUCUAUGGUGUUUACUUUUCAAAAAUAUUUCAAAAGAAUUGCUAAGCAGUUGCUAAAAAAUGGUGCUGAUCUUAACAAUUGUGACGUUUGUGGAAGCGAAACUGACACUCCACUUUACUUUGCAGUUACAACGGAAGAUAUAGAAAUGACUGAAAUUCUAUUAGAAAAUGUUACCGUCAAUGAAAGGAAUCAUGACAGAGACACAGAGUUGCAUCAUUCUAAUCUCAAAGAAUAUAAAAGUAUCUCUCAGCUUUUCCUCGCAAGUCCUGAUAAUCCUGAUAAUCCUAAAAAUUCUGCUAAUUGUAAUGAAUCGGAACAUCCAGAAGUUUCUGAAGAACAAACUGUAACGCCACUUCACAUUGCAGUCAUAUUAAAAAAUAAGAAAAUUGUAGAAAUAUUGUUAUCAAAAGGAGCAACUGUAAAUACAUCAAACAAUGAGGGGUACACGCCAUUGCACUUUGCCGUUAUGAAAAAUUAUAUUGAUAUCGCUCAACUUCUGCUAGACAACGGCGCUGAUAUUGACAUUCAAAAUAACAUUAAUCGUAAACCUUUUUAUUAUUCCAAAGAUCCAUGUAUGAGCAGCCUUUACAGUCUUUACAAAAUAAAAAUUUAUCUCAAUAAUGGAGGAAACAUUGAAGAUAAGGAUGACAAUUGUUAUACUCUAUUGCAUCUAGCUAUAAAGUAUAAUUUAAAAGAUGUUGUUCUUUUUUUACUGGAAAAAGAAUCAAACAUAAAUGCAGUAUCAAAAUUAGGUGAAACGCCACUUCAUCUCGCUGCCAAAGAACGCAACAAAGAAAUCACACUUCUUUUAUUGGAAAAAGGAUUAAAUGUUAAUGCUACUACAAAUACAGGCUGCACACCUUUACACUUGGCAGCUGACUAUGAACUCCCUUUUCCAUUCGAUCAAAAAGAUGACUUUUUAAAAAUUUUACUUCAAAACGGCGCUAAUAUUACAGUUAAAAACAACUUUGGUAUGAUUCCUUUAAAUUAUGCCGUUAGAAGACAUUGUACGUUGGAUGUAAAAAGUCUUUUAGGUGAAGAACCUGACGUCAACGAUAAGGACCUUAAAAUGGCAUUUUGUCUAUCUUUUGUCAAUCACUACAAUAAAUAUGAUUUUUGUUCUGGAAAACAGGGUUGUAAUGAUCGAUGUGUAAGUGAAAUAUUUGUUGACUUCGGUUUCACGAUUUUUAUUGAAGACUUAAAGGAUAUGUUUUUACCUGAAGAAUUGUAUUCUUCUUGGCUAAAAAAGUCAACUGACAAAAAAUUUAGAUCGUUUGUGAAAAAGCUUCUGCAGAAGCCAAAAACUUCCAAUAUUGAAGAAUUAAAGAAAUCUUUCAUUGAGUUUGAAGUACUACUGGGUGCUGUCAGACAUGGAUUCAGCGAUAUUGUUCAUAAUUUAUUAACACCUAACAUAAGUGUAAAUUGUCAAUUGCAAGAUGGAUAUACAUUACUUCAUUUUGCUUGUAAAGCUAAAAAUCUAACUGUUGUUGAACAACUUUUGCAAUGUGGUGCUGAUAUAAAUGCAAUGGAUAAACAUCAAAUGUCUCCACUUCAUAUUUCAAUUAAAGAAUUCUCUGUAGAUGUUACCAGGUUUUUAAUGAAAUCAGCUGAUAUUGAAGCUCGAGAUAAGUUUGGUGAAACACCACUAUUUUUGGCAAUUGAAGAGGAUAAUAUGAAAAGCAUUCGCUUACUUUUAGAAGCCGGCGCUAAUGUAAAUUCUAUUAAUGAUUAUAAUGAAUACCCUCUUUAUAAGGCUAUGCGUUAUGGUGAUGUAAAUGUUGCAAAAAUUCUUUUACACUACGGUGCUUUUGUUAAUGCAUGUAACACCUUUAAAAUAGGAUCGGUAUUUAAUGCAUUGGAUGAGUUUGAUGAUGAUUGUGAUAAACGUGUCCUUGAAAUAGUUGAUCUUGUAUUUAAUUACGGUGCAAAAGUUGUGGAUUUAACUCCCGAAAUUUUUAUUGUUGAUCAAAGUCACUGUGCAAGGUAUCAAGUAAAAUCUAUUGCUGCGAAUUUAGAGAAUUUUCAUAUUUCCGUGAAUUCUACUGAAAUUGCUGAUUUUCAAUCUCAGUGUCUUGAAGAAAUUCAAAGGAUGAAAUCAUUAAAAAUUACUGGAUUUAAUAUAUCGAUUUAUGAUUUGUUAAUAAAACCACAUAGAGCAAUUGGUAUGUACAUGCGAAAUAAGACUGUUGUUGAUUUGUUAGAUGCAAUAAAUUUCGAAGAAAAAUUCCCUUUAUAUGCCGGUAAAUUGAAAGUUUGUGUGAUGAGAGGUAAACUUGAGUGUCGAUUAUUGGAAUUAGCUUAUCACUGUCUUGAAGUUCUAAAAGUGAAGUUACCUGAUGUUGUCGUCUCUGAAAUUGUUUCGUACUUUGACACUUCUGACUUGCAUCGUUUAAUUAUUGCUUCGCCUAUUUCUAUCGAUAAUAAAAAGUCAGUUCAAUAUUGGGAUGUCCGUUACUGUGAAGCGCUCUCUGUUGAAAACAUUUUUGAAUCAGAAAAAUCGAAGUCGACGGGUCCAUUAUGGAAAAUAAAUGGAUUUUCUUCUUCUUCGAUCUCGAUCGGAAGAAUUUGGCGUAAAGCUUCGUCGAGAAUAUCGACAUCAACAUUGUCAGCCACUUCCGGUUCAACUUCCGGUGCAGGUUCAAGGACCGUAUUCACAUCCUUUAUCAGCUCUGUUUCCUCGAGGUUAAAAACAAAAGCUAAUUUUUCAGUCCGUGAAACGGGAGCCUGUGGACCAGGAACAGAAAGGUCAUCAGAGCCCGGAACACUCUUUAUAUCACAGAGUCCAAAAGCACGAUCAAUCAAAGAACAGAUAUCAAUUACAUUUACAGUCUCCAGUUCACUGUCCGAAUUUCUCACCGGAUUCCUCGAAAGAGCAUCAGCAUUACAGUUAAUUUUACCAGGUUUCUCAAUUCCAAUAAAUACUUUUGGGUUGUAUAAAACGAAUACCUAUGGAAAAAUGUCAACUGAAGAAAUUAAACUUUUAGAAACUGCUUGUCAUUCCGGAGAUGAGAACAGUGUAAGAGACAUUCUUUCAAGAAUUAACUUUACUAACUACUUUGAAUCUUAUGAAGCAUAUUUAUUGCUCUGUAAUGUGCUAGUAACUAGUAUUUGUUCAUCAGUAAAUUCUAAUAAAGAAAACACAAGCACGACGAUAAAGUUCAUCAUGAUUUCUGAAGUUCUUGUGCAACAUGGAGUCAAUGUUAAUAUCCACCAUUGUCUAGAACAUACUUUUACCCCACUUUACAUUGCAGUUUUAGGAGGUACUGAAAAAAUAGUAAAAAAGUUACUGUUGAAAGGAGCUGAUGUUAAUAAAGAAGAGUCUGAUAUUUUAACACCUUCGAUGUUUAUUUUUCUAAAACAUUUCAAAAAUAUUGCUCAGUUGUUGAUAAAAAAUGGUGCUGAUCCUGGCAAUUUUGAUGUUUGUGGAAGCGAAACUGAUACUCCACUUCACUUUGCAGUUACAACGGAAGAUAUAGAAAUGAUUGAAAUUCUAUUACAAAAUGUUACCGUCAAUGAAAGGAAUCAUGACAGAGACACAGAGUUGCAAAAUUCUAAUCUCAAAGAACAUAAAAGUAUCUCUCAACUUUUCCUCGCAAGUCCUGAUAAUCCUGAUAAUCCUAAAAAUUCUAUUAAUUGUAAAAAAAGUGAACAUUCAGAUUUUUCUGAAGAACAAACUGUAACGCCACUUCACAUUGCAGUCUUACUAGAAAAUAAGAAAAUUGUAGAAAUAUUGUUAUCAAAAGGAGUAGCUGUAAAUAUAGCAAACAAUGAGGGGUACACGCCAUUGCACUUUGCCGUUAUGAAAAAUUCUAUUGAUAUCGCUCAACUUCUGCUAGACAACGGCGCUGAUAUUGACAUUCAAAAUGACAUUAAUCGUAAACCUUUUUAUUAUUCCCAAGAUCUAUGUAUGGCCAGCCUUUACAGUCUUCACAAAAUAAAAAUUUAUCUCAAUAAUGGAGGAAACAUUGAAGAUAAGGAUGACAAUUGUUAUACUCUAUUGCAUCAAGCAAUAAAGUAUAAUUUAAAAGAUGUUGUUCUUUUUUUACUGGAUAAAGAAUCAAACAUAAAUGCAGUAUCAAAAUUAGGUGAAACGCCACUUCACCUCGCUGCCAAAGAACGCAACAAAGAAAUCACACUUCUUUUAUUGGAAAAAGGAUUAAAUGUUAAUGCUACUACAAAUACAGGCUGCACACCUUUACACUUGGCAGCUGACUAUGAACUCCCUUUUCCAUUUGAUCAAAAAGAUGAUUUUUUAAAAAUUUUACUUCAAAACGGCGCUAAUAUUACAGUUAAAAACAACUUUGGUUUGAUGCCUUUAAAUUAUGCCGUUAGAAGACAUUGUACGUUAAAUGUGAAAAGUCUUUUAGGUGAAGAACCUGACGUCAACGAUAAGGACCUUAAAAUGGCAUUUUGUCUAUCAUUUUUCAAUCACUAUAAUAGAAUAGAUAAUUGUUCUGGAAAAUAUGGUGUUAAUUCACGAUGCGUAAGUGAAAUAUUUGUUGAUUUCGGUUUCACAGUUUAUAUUGAAGACUUUAAAGAUAUGUUUAUACCUGAAGAAUUGUAUUCUUCUUGGCUAAAAAAGUCAACUGACAAAAAAUUUAGAUCGUUUGUGAAAAAGCUUCUUCAGAAGCCAAAAACUUCUAAUAUUGAAGAAUUAAAGAAAUCUUUCAUUGAGUUUGAAGUACUACUGGGUGCUGUCAGACAUGGAUUCAGCGAUAUUGUUCAUAAUUUAUUAACACCUAACAUAAGCGUAAAUUGUCAAUUGCAAGAUGGAUAUACAUUACUUCAUUUUGCUUGUAAAGCUGAAAAUUUAACUAAUGUUAAACAACUUUUGCGACUUGGUGCUGAUAUAAAUGCAAUGGAUGAAAAUCAAAUGUCUCCACUUUAUAUUUCAAUUAAAGAAUUCUCUGUAGAUGUUACCAGGUUUUUAAUGAAAUCAGCUGAUAUUGAAGCUCGAGAUAAGUUUGGUGAAACACCACUAUUUUUGGCAAUUGAAGAGGAUAAUAUGAAAAGCAUUCGCUUACUUUUAGAAGCCGGCGCUAAUGUAAAUUCUAUUAAUGAUUAUAAUGAAUACCCUCUUUAUAAGGCUAUGCGUUAUGGUGAUGUAAAUGUUGCAAAAAUUCUUUUACACUACGGUGCUUUUGUUAAUGCAUGUAACACCUUUAAAAUAGGAUCGGUAUUUAAUGCAUUGGAUGAGUUUGAUGAUGAUUGUGAUAAACGUGUCCUUGAAAUAGUUGAUCUUGUAUUUAAUUACGGUGCAAAAGUUGUGGAUUUAACUCCCGAAAUUUUUAUUGUUGAUCAAAGUCACUGUGCAAGGUAUCAAGUAAAAUCUAUUGCUGCGAAUUUAGAGAAUUUUCAUAUUUCCGUGAAUUCUACUGAAAUUGCUGAUUUUCAAUCUCAGUGUCUUGAAGAAAUUCAAAGGAUGAAAUCAUUAAAAAUUACUGGAUUUAAUAUAUCGAUUUAUGAUUUGUUAAUAAAACCACAUAGAGCAAUUGGUAUGUACAUGCGAAAUAAGACUGUUGUUGAUUUGUUAGAUGCAAUAAAUUUCGAAGAAAAAUUCCCUUUAUAUGCCGGUAAAUUGAAAGUUUGUGUGAUGAGAGGUAAACUUGAGUGUCGAUUAUUGGAAUUAGCUUAUCAUUGUCUUGAAGUUCUAAAAGUGAAGUUACCUGAUGUUGUCGUCUUUGAAAUUGUUUCGUACUUUGACACUUCUGACUUGCAUCGUUUAAUUAUUGCUUCGCCUAUUUCUAUCGAAAAGAAAAUGUCAGUUCAAUAUAAAGAAAAUAUUGCGUUUUUUGAGUAAUGCUAUACUUCCUUUAUUCACUUAUAAACUUUGAUGGUAUAAGAAAUCAUUGAAGACAUCAUUUAAAAAUGUUUAUGAAAAUUUUUAUAGAAGUUUAAAAAUAUUUUUUUAUUUUUAUAUAACCGAAUUCACUAAAGAUAACAUUUAUAAUUUAUAAAAAAAAUAUUCUUAAUUCUCUAUUGUUUCGAAAUUUUUUUUCUUUGGACUUUGUAUUACAAUAAAGGAGUAAAAUUUCGAAAACUAAUAAAAAACAAUUCAUUAUA